UUUUUCCUUCUUUGUGUUCCAGAACGACACGAUGCAAGUGGUUUGGCAAUAUCACGUGGAGGAGCCGGUGUCCGCGGCCGGAGUUUUGCCGGAUCACGACGCCAUCCGGGGAUCGAGGCCCCUUUAUCUGGUGCAAAGGGACGCUCAACCGAGGCCAACGUCGCGCAACCAAGAGGCCGAGCCACCGCUUCAAACGUGGGACAUAUUGAACCAGCAGGUACGCUUACCCAAGGGACAAGACACGUUGCUUUGGUGCCGCGUUCUUAGGAUGCCAAACAUUGAUCACAAACACCACGUCGUGAAGCACGAGCCUGUGAUACAACCCGGAAGUCACGAUUACCUGCAUCACAUGACUUUGUACGAGUGUCGUGGGGAUCAGGGGCAAUUGGAAUCCGCGGCGAAGACGUCAGGCAGUGUUUGCUAUCAGUCCAAUCAGCCGUCUCUUCAAUGUAAUACAAUCGCCGCUAUCUGGAGUCUGGGCUCUGAGGGGUUCAAUUACCCGGCCGAGGCCGGUUACGCGCUGGAUCCGCACACCGGUCCGCGCUACUACAUGCUCGAGACCCACUACGCCAAUCCUCAGAUGGACGCGUUCAUAAGCGACAGUUCCGGUUUGCGUUUGCAUUACACGGACAAGUUGCGCACCCACGACGCCGGCAUCCUGAGCGUCGGCAUCGACCCCAACUGGAGGCACAUCAUACCGCCAGGCCAAGCGGAGGUGGUGUCCGAGGGUCACUGCAUCUCGGACUGCACCGGGCACACGAUACCGAACAGCGGCAUCAACAUAUUCGCCGUCAUCAUGCAUACGCAUCAACUGGGGAGGAAGGUCCGAUUGCGGCAGAUAAGAUCGGGCGAGGAGCUGCCACCCAUUGCCUCUGACACCAAUUACGAUCCUAGCUAUCAGGAGUAUAGGAAGCUGCAGAAGCCUGUCAGGGUCUAUCCGGGCGAUCAUUUGGUGGCCGAAUGCACGUACUCGUCCAAAUCGAGGCAAGCAAUCACGCUCGGUGGUCUGACAACGAGGGAAGAAACUUGCCUGGUGUCCACUCUUUAUUAUCCCCGCAUCGAGCUGUCGCUCUGCUACUCUCUCCCUUCAUUACCAACGGUUCUGCAGAGUUUGGGGAUCCAAAAGCUGAUGCAGGGUUCCAGCCCGGUAAAGAUUCAAGAACCGCAAAAGUUGGCCGGCAUGACGUUGGAGGAACGUUUGCUCAGCUACGACUGGGAGAGCAGUUUCCAGAGCUUCCAGGAAGCUACCCGGGGCGGCACCUUUAAACCUCUUUGCUGGACGAACAAGGGGGAACUGGCCGGCAUGGACAGCCUGGAAGUCCAUUAUCCAAGGAUCCUGAGGCCGUACGAGGAGGUUGCCCUUCCGUGCUCGAAGAAACCUCUCAGGAACAAAUUGUCGUUGAUGCUGAGCGAGGACGAGGACAUAGGUGCACCCGUGGACCCGGACAGUGACGAGACGAACGCGGUGGAACGUGGACAAUUGGUGCGCAGCAAAGUGUCACGAAGCAGUGACGGACCAACGGGCGCAAGUUCCUCGACCAAGUCGAUACCGACGAUCCUCACCCUCGCCACCUUGGCGACCAUCGUCGCCGCCGCGUUCAGGUGAACACUGGCUGGUCGUCUUGCGCGCAGAUCGAAUGAAAACCGAUCGAUUUCGUUAUCUAGGACGGCCGUUUUUACCUUCUAUUGUUGAUCAAGCUGAGGAUCGGGGAGGUGGAUUCAUAUGUAUGUAAGUACGUGCCGGUGUCUACCCUCUCGCGCGUCACGUGGAUUAAACAAGCAUUAUCGUGGCUCGUUCAUCAACCAGAGAUCGUUGAGUGAGGACAAGGUAGAUGAUUUAUAAUAUAGGGUCCCCCACUCCCC